AUGCUCUCACGUGACUCCUAUUCUAUGCCAACAUCUCGUUCUUCUGAAUUCAACGACGGCCCUUCUCUUGUUUCCUGGUUGGUGCUUGUCAUGCUGGCACGAGCCACUUUCUUCCUCCUUGUCCUCCUGCACAUGCUGGUGCAGGUUCAAGGCCAGUACGAGUUGUGCAAGUCACUCCUCACCAUGGAUGAGGGCUCAGUGUGGGAGCAGCAUGCAUGCCAACCCAAGGCCCGGUCAAUGAAGGAGUUCAUGCGCAUACGUGUAGAACCACCAGACAUCACGUGUGGCAAGCCACCUGAGAGAUUCUGCACGCUGGAGAACCCAUACCUGUGCAGUGAUGAAUGUGAUGCGUCCAACCCAGACCUGGCACAUCCUCCCCAGUUAAUGCAGGACCGUGAGCGUGGCGGCCUUGUCACGUACUGGCAGACUCAGACGUGGCGCCGCUACCCUGAACCGUUGCUAGCCAACAUCACACUGUCAUGGAACAAGAGCCUGGAGCUGACUGAUGAUAUUGAGAUAACGUUUGAGUAUGGUCGGCCUACGGCCAUGGCGCUGGAGAAGUCACUGGAUUACGGGCACACAUGGCAGCCAUACCAGUUCUAUGCUGAUGACUGCCUGGAGAUAUUCAGAAUGGUGCCACAGCAGGCACGUGACCUCACAGCAUCCAAUGCAACACGCGUCAUCUGCACCGAACUAUAUUCACGCUGGGUGGGUGCCAAAGGUGAUAAGGUAGUGCGUUUUGAAACACGGACCCGCUUCACCAUCUUUGCUGGGCACAGGCUGCAUGACAUGGACAGUCUACGAGCUCGUUUUGAGAGCAACAAGGGCUUGCGUGACUUCUUUACCUUCACUGACCUGCGUCUGCGUCUGCUCAAGCCAGCACUUGGAGGAACAUACGUGCAGAGGGACAACCUGCUGAAGUACUUCUACGCUAUCUCCAACAUAGAGGUGCCUGCUAGGUGUAAAUGUAACCUGCAUGCAUCGCAGUGUGUGCUGGCGGACGGGAAUCUGCAGUGUGUGUGUGAGCACAACACCACAGGCCAGGACUGCCAGCGCUGCAAAAAAGGCUUCAAAGCCAAAAGCUGGAAAGCAGGAUCAUACCUGCCAACUCCUAUCGGCACACCUAACACAUGUGCUCAGGCUGGUACUUCUUCUGGGUCCAACUGUGAGUGUCAUGGCCACUCCAACCGCUGCAGUUACAUCGACUACCUGAACAUUGUCACGUGUGUGAGCUGUAAGCACAACACACGUGGCCAAAACUGCCAGCACUGCCGCAUGGGCUUCUACAGGAAUUCCUCAGUUGAACUGGAUGACGAGAGUGUGUGUGUGGAAUGCGGCUGUAACCAGAUGGGUUCACUACAUGACCGCUGUAAUGACACUGGAUUCUGCCAGUGUAAAGAAGGCACAAUGGGCACCAAGUGUGAUGAAUGUUUGCCUGGUUACCACUGGAAGCAGGGCUGCCAACCAAACGUGUGUGAUGAGUUGCUGCUGAUGUGCCAGAAUGGUGGCACAUGCCACCAGAACCAGCGCUGCAUCUGCCCACAUGAAUUUAAAGGUGUCUUAUGCCAACACUCACGCUGCGAAGACGGGAAGAAGUGCAACCAUGGGGACCACAAUGGCGCCUCUGUGCCUGCUCUGAGCCUGGCACUGAUGGUGCUGUGCCCGCUCCUCACCCUCCUGCUGGGUUCUGCAGUCCUGCGUCCUGAAACAGUGCCCGUCUUUCUCCCACCGUCACACACAUCAGCACACACCUGUGAUGGCGCACUGGCCAUUACUCUGCUGUGCACCCUCAAGGAACCUAGGACUUCCUGGACAUAGAAAUAGGGAAGAUAAAUGACUCAAGAUGAGAGAUUUGUAUUUUUUUUCUUUUUCACAAAAGAAAAACCAUA